AUGGCGGUCAUCGGCUCCGGACCUGCAGGAUUUUACACUGCAUACAAGGUGAUGUCCAAAAUUGAGAACUCGGUGGUGGAUAUGUAUGAGCAUCUGCCAGUGCCAUUUGGAUUGGUACGAUUUGGUGUUGCUCCGGACCAUCCUGAAGUGAAGAACUGCCAGGACAAAUUCGAAGAAGUCGCGGAAUCCCCAGGAUUUAACUUUGUGGGAAAUAUAUCAAUUGGAGACCACGAUGCAGCAUUGCCUCUGCGAACUCUUCUGCCACAUUAUGAUGCGAUUUUAUUUGCCUAUGGGGCAUCUCGAGACCGAACAUUGGGCAUACCGGGAGAGGAUAGUUUGAGAGGCAUAUACUCUGCUCGAGCUUUUGUUGGGUGGUACAAUGGCCUCCCUGAAUAUUCCGAUCUUGCGCCAGACCUUACACAGGGAGAAGAAGCAGUAGUCAUUGGUCAAGGAAAUGUUGCUCUUGACGUGGCUAGGAUAUUACUCCAGGACCCAGAUAUCCUACGGUCUACCGACAUUACUGAAAGUGCAAUAGAGAUUUUACAGAAGAGCAAAGUCAAGAGAGUGAGGGUUGUGGGAAGGAGAGGGCCGCUGCAGGCUGCAUUCACAAUCAAGGAAGUCCGAGAACUCAUGAAGAUACCCCCCGUGGCAUUUCGUCCUGUAAAUGAAUGUCUGAUACCUGCAGAUAUCAAAAGUCUUCCCCGGCCUACUCGACGGAUCAUGGAAGUCUUGCAAAAGGGGUCCACUGCUUCCGUCUCAACAGCACCGAAGUCUUGGUCCCUAGACUUCUGUCUAUCACCAUCGGCUUUCAACCCAAGCGGGGCCUCACCGAGUCAGAUAGGUAGCGUCUCGUUUGCAAGGACGAGGCUCGACCCUAACCCCUUCGAUUUGAAGGCAAAAGCAAAGGCCACGCGUGAUAUAACUGAUGUUUCUGCGUCCCUGGCUUUCCGCUCAAUAGGUUAUAAGUCUGAAGCACUUCCAGGAUUUUCUGAGCUGGGGAUUCCGUUUGAUGAUCGACUUGGAGUUAUUCCGAAUGAUCAUUUGGGCCGAGUUAUCAAUGAUAAUGAAGGCUGGUCAGACUCCGGCACAGCACAGUUCAUUCCUGGAAUGUAUUGUGCUGGGUGGGUGAAGAGAGGGCCGACUGGUGUUAUUGCUAGUACGAUGGAUGACGCCUUUUCAACUGCAGAAUCAAUCAGAAUGGAUUGGUAUGGCCAUCUCCCGUUCCUCAAUGAGGGGAAGGGAAGUGGUCUUGGUUGGGAGGGAGUGAAGGAGGAUGCUGAAACGAGGGGCUGCAGGAGGGUGAGCUGGCAGGAUUGGAAGAAAAUAGAUGAGGUAGAAAAGUCCGUAGGGCAGAAGAAAGGCAAGGGGCGGGAAAAGUUCACCAAGGUGGAAGACAUGCUGGCGGUCCUCGACUGA